AUGAGUAAGAUACGAAAGUCAAAGAACCAGCAAAGAAGAGAAAGAGCGAAAUUGAAGAAAAAGGAAGUGAAUGGGAAUGAGAUUGGUAAUAAUAGCGAGCAAGCCAACCCUAUCGAUGAGACUGUGGAACUGGAAAUACCUGAGGUUGCAGUGAUAGAUAAGGAAAGUACGAAACAGAUAGAUGAAAACGACGAUGUUUUAUUUGCACAAUUUCAAAAUGUAUUCCAAAAGUUUGAAAACAAAGAAGAACACCAAGAAGGUCAAACUGAAGAGCUGAACCCAAAAGGUGAUCUAUUGACUGAGGAAGCCGAUGAUGAUUCGUCAUCUGCCUCUAGUUCAGAUGAAGAGGAAGAGGAGAACCAACCACUUUCUAAGCGUCAGCUUCGUAAAUUGAACAAGGUUUCACUUGCAGAACUCAAAUCAUCAACAUCAAGACCCCAAUUGGUGGAGUGGUUUGACGUAGAUUCGCAUGAUCCAUUCCUACAUGUUGCGCUUAAAUCGCAACUUAACUGUGUACCGAUUCCUCCCCAUUGGACCAAUAAAAGGGACUAUCUUUCCGGAAGGAAAGGGGUGGAAAGGGUGCCUUUUCAGCUUCCGAAGUUUAUUUUGGAUACUGGGAUUCAAGAUAUGAGAAACACUGAUGCAGAAAAUGAAAGCACAUUAAGGCAGCUGCAGAGAGACCGUGUUCAGCCUAAGAUGGGUAAGCUUGAUAUUGAUUAUCAGAAACUCCAUGACGCAUUUUUCAAAUUUCAAACGAAACCAAAGUUGUAUGCCUUUGGAGAUCUUUUCUAUGAGGGAAGAGAGUCGCAUGAUGAGUAUUCAACUGAAGUAGGAGUAAUCAGACCAGGUAUAGUGUCUAAAGACCUAAGGAGAGCAUUGGGUAUGCAUGAAGAUGACCCAAAGAUUCCCCCUCCUUGGUUGCAGGUAAUGGCAAAAAUAGGAAAACCACCAGCAUAUAAGGACUUGUAUAUACCUGGUUUGGAUAUGGAAUAUAAUAACGAAGGUUACACACAUCUGAAGGAAAAGAGCAAAUCUACUGUGGGAAAUGUAGUAGAAUUAUUUGGCCAGAUAACGCUGGACAUAGAGGAGGAAAGUGAAGAAGAAGGAACCGAUGACAGUGAAAAUGAAGGUGAGAAAGAAGAAGCUGCGGACCAACCAGAUUAUGAACCUGAAUCUGAACCUGAAUCCGAGGGUGAUCAUACUCAAAAGACAUCGAUAUCAGAAUUUGGUGGUACCAAAGCAUCAUCCAAACCCAAGGGGAUUUCCAGCACAGAAAAUAAACCAUUAUAUCAAAUACUACAAGAAAAUGAUAAAGCAAGCAAUAGUCCGCUUACAAAUAAGGGCUACGAUGUUUCCAUUGAAGCUACUCCAUCAACAAAUAAUAAGAGACCAGCUGCAGAAACUAAUACGAAUGAAAAGAAAAAGUUCAAGUUCUAA